AGGUACCUUAUGUAAAUUCCGAAGUCACAUGACACAAAAUAAACCCAAACAAACAACAUCUGAGAAAAGGUGCGAAAAGUUAGGUAAAAAUUGUGUUGAAACAGAAAUAUUGGACUAAAAAGACAAGAUGGCAUGGAAGAUACUUUUACAUUUAUUAGUUCUAGUUGGAUUUUUCAUCGAAGAAAUUAGUGGAAGUGAUGACAUGUACAGAUGUCCAGACCAUUUGUCGAGAUCUAUUUAUCUUAAAACAUUCGGCGAGAAAUGUUAUCGCUACGAGAAGGGCGAAUUGUAUUGGACGACGGCCAGAAGUCGGUGUAGGGGAGAAGAAGGCGACCUAAUUCAGAUUAGGGAUCAAGCAACACAAGACUGGGUCAUGACUACUUUAAAUGAGCUCCAUUGGAACAAAAACGGUGUAUGGAUAGGAGCUCAUGAUAGAGACAAUGAAAUGGAUUGGCGAUGGGUGACUGGCGAAAGGAUAACUUGGAAUAAUUGGGCAAGUGGUCAGCCAAACUGCAACUUUUUUUGUUAUGAGGACUGUGGGAAUUUGCGUCGAAAUGAUGGCGGAAAAUGGCAUGACUAUGCAUGCAGUUCGUUUAAUUAUGUAUACUCUUUUAUUUGCCAAUAUGACAUGAAACCAGCAACAACCACGACCUCUACAACUACACCAGCGCCAACAACGACGCCAACGACAACACCAACGACGACGCCAACGACGACACCAACAACAACACCAACGACGACGCCAACGACCACGCCAACAACAACACAAACGACGACGCCAACAACGACGCCAACGACAACACCAACUACGACCAAACCUACUACAACAAGGCCUUCGACGACUACAUUAAUUUCUACAACAAUCACAACCAAAAUUUCAGAAACAAUGAUUAAAACAACAACACCAGUCAGAGGAGAAGUCACAGUCAAUCAAACAGUUGUUGGGAGAAUAUUGUCUGCAAAGGAAAGUAAGCUGAAUGAAGGUGAAUUGUCAGGUGUGAUAGUUGCAAGUGUCUUAGGAGCUAUAGCAUUAUUGAUGCUUUUGAGUGUUUGUUUCUUCAGAACAAGAAAACAAAAAGGGAAAGAAGAUUUGUCAAUGCAUUUCGAUAAUUUAACUUACACUGUCAGAAGCAUGGUAUCGUCUCAACCUAGAAUGAGUAGACAUGAACGAAGCUUGAACAAUCAAGUCCCAACCGGAAGCCAGAACGUAUAUGCAGAUCCAAUUGCAUGUACCACGUGUCAAGCUAAACUACCGAAUGUAUCUGUAAUUCCCAAAGAAUCCGGCCAUUAUGCUGAAAUAACUGACCAAAAGAUGGUUGACAAAUUGAAUGUCUAUCUACCAAAAUAUGAUAAUAGUGAAUAUGAAAAAUGUAAUAUUGCUAAAAGCAAACUCGGAGUUACUGACUCACCACAGUACCUUGAUGUAUGCGGAGAUAAUAAAGCUGUGUACGAAAGUGUAUGUGAAAACGAGACUGAAUGCAAUGCUAUGAAUGAGCAGCUGGAAACGUCUAAGAACCAAUAUGAUGAAUGUGGUAACGUUGAAGUACCAGAGAAUGCACCUAGUCACUAUAUUGACUUGGAUGAUGCAGUAGGAAAUGCGGAGUCUUUCGACAGUACAUCUCUACGUUUAGAACUAGAACCAGGAGUAUACGAAGAUCUGAACAAUGUCAAUGGACAACCUUCAAGCUUGGAUGAUAUCCUUGUCAACUGUGAUGGCGAUUUGGAUUUGGCAAAAGCUCCAAGCGGAUAUGAUAAUAAUAUUUAUGACUCAAAAGCAUAAUUUUAUAUUCUGACACUCACCAAAAGAGAAUUAAACAAUACUUAAACGAAAUGUGAAAUAUUUAAAAAAGGGCAAUUUACUAAUUUUUUCUGAACAUUGUAUGUGUCAUAAAAAUAAUGAUGCUCGUAAAAAAGCUAUUACCAAAUAUGUUAGCAUCUUUUUAAAAAAAGAUUUAGCACAUACUCUAUGCAAACUAUAAAAUUUUCAAAAAUUUAUUGUUUCAGAAAAAUAUUUUGCCAAUUUGUUUUCAUGAUGAUAUAGUGCUUAUUUGUAUAAAAUAAUUGUAUAUGUAUAUAAAUGUAUUUGUCUGAUUUUUGUCCGGGUUUGCGUUAUGUUCCUUUGUUCCUGGUUUAUUUUCACUUCAGAUUAAGGGUUAUAUUUAAUCUAAUUAUUUUUCUGUUGUUGGCAUUAAGCUCCAUUGUUUUAUAAUUUAUUUCUGUUUAUAAGUAAAUAAUAUCUUCUUAUUGAGUUUCAUUCGCCUUGUCUGAAGAAUAAAUAACAAUUACAGCGACUGAAGAAAAAAUGUAAACAUAUGGGAAAAAAAUCUUUCUGGUCACCUUAUACUUUAACCGAUAUCUAAUGUCAAAAAAGAAAGUAUUGUCUGUUGACAAGCCUUACAUAUUCCUGAAUCAUAAUCGUUUUAAUAUCAUCGAAUACCCGGAUAUCAAAUCUUUCCUGAUAUAAAGCCUUUUGGUUUUGACAAAAAUUGGACUGCAGCUGACCAAAAUUGUGCAACAAAGACAUAUGUGCAAUAGUGAAUAUAUUUGAUGUAAAAGUAACAUUUAAAGGAAUUUUUGGCUGCUCGAUUUUCCCAGAGUUAAUUUUGGGGGUUUUCGUGCAAUAUAUGUAUAUGCAUUGGAUAUUAACAACUCUACAGUGAGAUUACAUUUUGUUAAUUUUUUUUUAUACAUGCUUGAAUUUAAGCGUUUGUCAAAAAGCAUAAUAUUUAGAUUAUAAUUCUAUUUUUUUAACAUAUCAAUGAACUGCUUAUACAUACAUGUAUUUUUGGAGCUCCUUAUUUAAUGCUUUGAUAAUAAAAAUUUAAAAAAGAGCCGCAUGAAUUGAAAAGUGAGAUUGUGUUUUUGUAAUACCUCAUUAUACAAGGUAAUGAAAAUUAAUCUAAUAUGCCAGCAUUUUAGCAGGUCUAUGCAAUGUACAACUUCUAAUUAAUUUUAAAUAGGGGUAUCAAACAGUUUGAUUUUGAAAUGUUGAUAUGUAUAAUGGUAGGACUAUAUGCCUUUGAAUUGAUAAUUAGGUAAACAAGGAAAACCCAUGACUAGUGUUCACCCUCUGAUAAUAAACACUACACAGAAUCUACGAAAUUAAAAAGUUUCCAGUAAGCAUUAAACGCUUAUGAUUUAUAUCUUGUAGCAGUCGUAUGUUUUUUUUUAUCAUGUUGUUUUGUUUCAUUAAUAUUUCAUUUGAAACUGUCUUACGGUACUUGAGAACAUCAAACGGCAUUCUUCUAACUAACCAAAUUAUUAUAUUCACAUGUGUCUAGCUUUGUUUUGCCAUGCAUAAUUUUGUAAAUAGCAUACAUAACGUAAGACCAAAUACGAAUUGUAUUAAACGCAUGAAUGCUUUCAUAGAAACAAUAUGAAGAAUUCAGUUCGGUUUUGGUUAUUUGUUUUAUUGUAUCGAAGAUUAAAUGUUUUGCAAUGAAUACUUAAUGCUUUUGUAUUUUUCUACAUGUGAAAGUUUUAAUUUGGUAUAAUGGAAUUUCAUGUGUUCUUUUAUAUAAAAAAAGAUAUGAAUGUUUGAGAGACCAUGCAUUCUGUAUAUAGUCACAUAUAUUUACACAAUUUUGUAAGGAUUCCAUUUUGUGUAUAAUUUGAUAUGUAUAUAUAUGUUCAUGUUCAAUAAUAAAAGUUGUUACAUUUU